AUGUUCACCAAUUCAGUCGAGUACCUGGGCCUCCGUAGGCGAGUGUCCCAGCUCCUCCCAGCAUCAGAGGAGGAGUUGGUCUCAGACGGGACCACCGGGUCCUUCAAACUAUUUGUGGUUCUCCUCGCCAUCCUCCUCUUCUGGGCCAUCCAUCUGCAGAAAGACGAUGUAAGUAGGCUACAGUGCCAUGCGCCACGCCAGUAUGCCGACUCUACUUUUAUGUAACGGUAUUAGAAGCAGGCAUAAAGAUUUUAGGCCUUAAAUGUGUAUUUCAUCAUCCUUACAGCCAAUUUAGAUUUUUUUCCAACAGGAUGAGGUCUACAACAAGAUUGGCUUGUAAGUUUCCUCUGUCAUAAUUCAUUGUGAAUUCAAAGGGAUGUUUCAUGUGCGUAAAAAACAACAACAUUGAUUACCAUUGAAUAAUUCAGAAUUUAAACCCAAAUAGCACCCUAUUCCACAUAUAUUGCACCAAUUUUGAUUAGGGUGCCAUUUGGGACAGAUCCCCAGUCUUAUCUUCUUAGGCUACUCAAUUGUAAUUUGUUUUAUUUGUUAAGUACAUUGAACAGCAUUUGUUGUAAGAAAUGUGCUACAAUAUACAUUUUCUCUUGCAGAGACCUGGUAAACAAGUUCACAGAGGGUGUCAGCCUCAAUUACAAAUAUCUCCAGCGCCUGGAGAGGCAGUUGGGCAUGAAGAAGCUACAGAUAGACAUCCUGACCGCUGAUGGGAACUUUGACCUCUCCUGCAGCUCUGGUUCUGACUCAGACUUCUGCUCUGGGAGGUCCUCCUGUAGCUACAUCUCUGACGUCUCCGGAACAUCUUCUAGAACUAAAACCAUUCGAGGGCACAUUCUCUUCUUCUAUAUAUCUUCUAGGUCCUCCAGAUCUAGUGGCAGACACUGUAACAAACGACAGAAAUGACCCGCUGCAGCCUGACAAGUUUAAGAUCCUGGGCGGUAGUCUGGAUAGUCCCUACCCAUUGGGUAGUCCACCUGGUAGCUCCAGGCAACCAGCUAGUCCUAGCCCACCAGCAACACCGAGGCCAAGGCCAUGUCUCCAGCUACCAGGAGGUGAUAAGGGUGAUGACAGACACUAUGGCUCCAUGCACGCCUCCUGCACUUCCUCCUGCUACUCCUCCCGAAACGCCUCCCCCAGCUCCUUGAGGUACAAGACUCGUUCUGCUUCUCCGCUGCCUCUGGAGUACCAGCACUGCCCUCGUCAGCCUGCUAUUGGUCAUUACAAAACGGGCAAGAUGGAGGACAAAGUGGACUCUGUGGCUGUUUCUGUGGAUGCUUCUAAUGUCACAUCUUCACCUGACUGCAAACACAGUGUCGACAGCUCCAACUCCACUGUCCACUCCAAGACUCCCACUUCCGACCGUGUAGACCACUCCAACACUCCGAUGACGGUGAGAAAGAUUACUAUGGUGAGAAAACAGUGUGAAAGGUGAUCCUCCCGUCCUGCACCGCUGGCACCAACGACACCUGGAGGGCACUGUACAACAGAAGGUCUGUACAAAUUACCGGCCCCAUAAAGGAGGGCUUUGGUCAAAAGUAGUGCGCUAUAUAGGGAAUAGGGUGCCCUUUUGGACGCACACCUUGUCAUGAGUUGUUGGGUUUGGUGGUAAUCUAAUGUAAUAUAUUCUAAUCUAAGGCCCCCCUUAAACGCUGGAGGAUUGCCGUGUUGGUGAUCUCCAUUAUCAGGAUGCUGCUGCCAGUGAGACUGAAGGGCAGAGACACCACCACUUCACUCACCACCUUCAUCCAGACCUCCACCUCAAAGUACUUCAACCCCACCCAGUCCACCCCAACCUCCACCACCAGGACCAACUCCACCACUUCUCAGGCUGAGAUGAGUAGAAUCGCCAGGAAAACCACCUGCCUUCCAGCCUUAUGCCCACAGCGUGCCAACAACCCUCUCUCUCCCUCCCAGUCUGCAUGUCAGUGUCCUGGGUUGGAGGGUAAAGGUAAACCCAAGCUUAUCUCAUUUGUGGUGCUGGGAGUUACUGCCCCAAAAAUCAACAUUGUAGAAAAAUAUAAAUAUGUAAUUAUUUAUUCUCUAAAGGUCAAACCAAGCCGUCCAUCCAGAUGUAUCUGCAGGGUAGGACCAGGAUCCCCUCCAUCACCCAGGACAUCCGGGAGAAGCUGUAGUCUCAUGUCCGCUGCAAGCAGACCCAGCGUCUCUGGGGCUUCCCCAAUCUGGUCACCAGGUAUGUUGGAGACCACCUCAUCGACCUGGCUGCCCAGAUACCCCCUGCCUCCGGCGACGGCAAGAUGGGGAAAAUCACCGGCAAGAUCAUGGGCAACAUGAGUGACUAUGUUGGGCGAGGGCAGCAAAACACAGAGUUGUGUUUCAGGCUGAGUGACAAGACCAGGGGAGGAGAGAGAGGAGACUCAGACUACGAGCUCUGCAGACACAGACACAGCCAAACCCAAGGACAGCUCCCCUGCCAACAGGCCUGUGGAGAAGACUCCCACCACCACCAGCAACACUAGCACUAUUCCCCAGCCAGCAGAGACCCACGCUACCAAACCCACCCAGACCAGCCCCUCUCUGGACCAGUCCCCCCUCCACAUGCCUCUGACCCCAGUGACCCCGAGACGCCAGCAGGAGAUGCAUGUAAGGAGGAUUUUUCUGGAGGUCCAAUCAUACCACGCCGCCCUCGCCUCGGCAACCAGCCAGCCAACCUGGAAGCCCAUCCAGGAGGCAGCCCCUGCCCCUCUGAAACACUCCCUCCCGCUGAGGUGGAGGGAUAUGUCGGCGCCGGAAGGAUAUGUGUCAUCUAUGGACCCGGAGGCGACACAUAUGGACCUUCCAGGGACCCUCCAGGGAGCGACCACCUCUUCGGCCCCCUCGGCCCACCCUGACAGCCCGGCUCUGAUUUCCUCGGCCUCGGCUCUGAUCAGCCAGCCUCUGAUCUCCUCGGCCUACCCUCACAGCCUGCCUCUGGUCUCCUCGACCGGCACAGACACCGUCUCAGGAAUCCACACUGCCUCCACCACCAAAUGGCUGGUGCGGUGGUGGAGGCGUGUCACUCGAAGGCUAUUUGUUUUGGUGACAAAGUAUUCAGAACUGAUACAUUUUCUUUAACAAAAUAAACUGUUUUGCAUUUCACAUGGUUUGACUUUGUGUCACGAACAUUGACUGAUGACUCGUGGAACCAAGGCGCAGCGUGAUAAGCGUACAUCUUUAAUUAGUACUUAACACACGAACAAAACCAAAACAACAAACCAACGAUACGUGAAGUCCUGAGGUUACACACACCAAACCUUUACGGAUCAAGAUCCCACAAACUAACUGGUGCCAACAGGCUGCCUAAGUAUGGUCCCCAAUCAGAGACAACGAGCUACAGCUGCCUCUGAUUGGGAACCACCCUGGCCAACAUAGAACUAAACGAUCUAGAACAAAAAACAUAGAAAACUAAACAUAGAAAAUCCACACCCUGGCUCAACAUUUAAGAGUUCCCAGAGCCAGGGCGUGACAGUACCCCCCCCAAAGGCGCGGACUGCGACCGCGCCACACAAACACAAGAGGGUAGGGGCCGGGUGGGCAUUCCGCCUCGGAGGCGGAUCCGGCUCCGGGCGUGACCACCACCUUUUCUCCACCUCCCCGUUGCGCCCCUGGUCUGGUCCCGCUGACUGGAGCUGGACCCGACGACGGUGGACCAGACCUUACCGGCUCUGGACUGGAGCCGCUGGCCGGAGCUGGACUGGACACCGGUGGAGCGGAUUGCUCUGGCUCCGGAGUGGAUCCGCUGCCUGGAGUUGGACCGGACCCCGGUGGAGCGGAUUGCUCUGACUCCGGAGUGGAGCAGCUGACCGGUGCCGGACCAGGCACCGGUGGAACAGGCACGGGCCGUGCCGGACUGGACACACGCACCACUGCCUUGGUGCGGGGAGCAGGAACGGGCCAGACCGGGCUGACGACGCGCACCACUGGCUUGGUGCGGGGAGCAGGAACGGGCCGGACCGGGCUGACGACGCGCACCACUGGCUUGGUGCGGGGGACAGGAACGGGCCGGACCGGGCUGGCGACGCGCACCACUGGCUUGGUGCGGGGAGCAGGAACGGGCCGGACCGGGCUGACGACGCGCACCACUGGCUUGGUGCGGGGAGCAGGAACGGGCCGGACCGGGCUGACGACGCGCACCACUGUCUUGGUGCGAGGGACAGGAACAGGCCGGACCGGGCUGGCGACGCGCACCACUGGCUUGGUGCGAGGGACAGGAACGGGCCGGACCGGACCGGGCUGGCGACGUGCACCACUGGCUUGGUGCGGGGAGCAGGAACGGGCCGGACCGGGCUGACGACGCGCACCACUGUCUUGGUGCGAGGGACAGGAACAGGCCGGACCGGGCUGGCAACGCGCACCACUGGCUUGGUGCGAGGGACAGGAACAGGCCGGACCGGGCUGGCGACGCGCACCACUGGCUUGGUGCGAGGGACAGAAACAGGCCGGACCGGGCUGGCGACGCGCACCACUGGCUUGGUGCGAGGGACAGGAACAGGCCGGACUGGGCUGGCGACGCGCACCACUGGCUUGGUGCGAGGGACAGGAACAGGCCGGACCGGGCUGGCGACGCGCACCACUGGCUUGGUGCGAGGGACAGGAACAGGCCGGGCUGGACUGGGAACACGCACCACUGGCUUGGUGCGGGGAGCAGAAACAGGCCGGGCUGGACUGGGAACACGCACCACUGGCUUGGUGCGGGGAGCCGGAACAGGCCGGGCCGGACUGUGGAGGCGGACUGGAGGUCUGGAGCGGAGAGCUGACACAACCCGUCCUGGCUGAAUGCCUAUUUCCACACAAUAUGUGUGAGGCAUCAGCACAGGACGUACAGGGCUGUGCACUCGUACUGGCGCCACAGCACGUGGCACUGGCGCAGGACAUACAGGACCGAGGAGGCGUACUGGAGGCCACGAGCGUUGAGCCGGCACACCCCGUCCUGGCUGCAUGCCCAUCUUAGCACGACACGUGCGUGGUGCUAGCACCGGACGUACAGGACUGUGCUGGAACACUCGCGGCACAGUACGUGGCUCCGCAUAACACGGCGCCUGCCCAGUCUCACGCUUCCUAGCCUGAGUACGGGGAGUUGGCUCUGCUCAAACUCUAGGCUCCGCCAACCACCCUUUUAGCCCCCCCAAAAAAAAAUAUUGGGGCUGUCUAUCGGGGUUCCUCCUCGGCCGUUACCCUCUGCGUUGCCGCUGCUCCUCUCUGUAGCGCGCCUCCACAGUCUCCUCCCAAGGACGGCGAUCCAUUCCGGCCUGAAUCUCUUUCCAAGUCCAGGAUCCCUUCCCGUCCAGGAUCUCCUCCCAAGUCCAGGCUGUCUGUUCCUGGACACGCUGCUUUGUCCUCUUUAGCUGGGAUCUUCUGUCACGAACGUUGACUGAUGACUCGUGGAACCAAGGCGCAGCGUGAUAAGUGUACAUCUUUAAUUAGUACUUAACACACAAACAAAACCAAAACAACAAACCAACGAUACGUGAAGUCCUGAGGUUACACACACCAAACCUUUACGGAUCAAGAUCCCACAAACUAACUGGUGCCAACAAGCUGCCUAAGUAUGGUCCCCAAUCAGAGACAACGAGCUACAGCUGCCUCUGAUUGGGAACCACCCUGGCCAACAUAGAACUAAACGAUCUAGAACAAAAAACAUAGAAAAAUAAACAUAGAAAAUCCACACCCUGGCUCAACAUUUAAGAGUUCCCAGAGCCAGGGCGUGACACUUUGACUUGUUCUCUUCAUCUAUGCAUUUUUGUCCAUUGUUCUCCUUCCUCAUCAAAGGUGUAAUAAUACCUUAUUACAUUUACAUUUUAGCAGACGCUCUUAUCUACAGUCGUGGUCAAAAGUUUUGAGAAUGACACAAAUAUUAAUUUUCACAAAGUCUGCUGCCUCGGUUUUUAUGAUGGCAAUUUGCAUAUACUCCAGAAUGUUAUGAGGAAUGAUCAGAUGAAUUUGCAAUUAAUUGCAAAGUCCCUCUUUGCCAUGAAAAUGAACUUAAUCCCCAAAAAACAUUUCCACUGCAUUUCAGCCCUGCCACAAAAAGACCAGCUGACAUCAUGUCAGUGCUUCUCUCGUUAACACAGGUGAGAGUGUUGACGAGGACAAGGCUGAAGAUCACUCUGUCAUGCUGAUUGAGUUACAAUAACAGACUGGAAGCUUUAAAAAGAGGGUGGUGCUUGAAAUCAUUGUUCUUCCUCUGUUAACCAUGGUUACCUGCAAGGAAUAAUGUGCCGUCAUCAUUGCUUUGCACAAAAAGGGCUUCACAGGCAAGGAUAUUGCUGCUAGUAAGAUUGCACCUAUAUCAACCAUUUAUCGGAUCAUCAAGAACUUCAAGGAGAGAGGUUCAAUUGUUGUGAAGAAGGCUUCAGGGCACCCAAGAAAGUCCAGCAAGCGCCAGGACCAUCUCCUAAAGUUGAUUCAGCUGCGGGAUCGGGACACCACCAGUGCAGAGCUUGCUCAGGAAUGACAGCAGGCAGGUGUGAGUGCAUCUGCACGCACAGUGAGGCGAAUACUUUUGGAGGAUGGCCUGGUGUCAAGAAGGGCAGCGAGGAAGCCACUUCUCUGCAGGAAAAACAUCAGGGACAGACUGAUAUUCUGCAAAAGGUACAGGGAUUGGACUGCUGAGGACUGGGGUAAAGUCAUUUUCUCUGAUGAAUCCUUUCCGAUUGUUUGGGGCAUCCGGAAAAAAGCUUGUCCGGAGAAGACAAGGUGAGCGCUACCAUCAGUCCUGUGUCAUGCCAACAGUAAAGCAUCCUGAGACAUUUACAUUUUACAUUUUAGUCAUUUAGCAGACGCUCUUAUCCAGAGCGACUUACAGUUAGUGAGUGCCCACAUUACCAUUCAUGUGUGGGGUUGCUUCUCAGCCAAGGGAGUGGGCUCACUCACAAUGUUGCCUAAGAACACAGCCAUGAAUAAAGAAUGGUACCAACACAUCCUCCGAGAGCAACUUCUCCCAACCAUCCAAGAACAGUUUGGUGACGAGCAAUGCCUUUUCCAGCAUGAUGGAGCACCUUGCCAUAAGGCAAAAGUGAUAACUUAAUGGCUCGGGGAUCAAAACAUCGACAUUUUGUGUCCAUGGCCAGGAAACUCCCCAGACCUUAAUCCCAUUGAGAACUUGUGGUCAAUCCUCAAGAGGCGGGUGGACAAACAAAACCCCACAAAUUCUGACAAACUCCAAGCAUUGAUUAUGCAAGAAUGGGCUGCCAUCAGUCAGGAUGUGGCCCAGAAGUUAAUUGACAGCAUGCCAGGGCAGAUUGCAGAGGUCUUGCAUAAACUUAAUGUAAUUAUCAAUAAAAGCCUUUGACACUUAUGGAAUGCUUGUAAUUAUACUUCAGUAUACCAUAGUAACAUCUGACAAAAAUAUCUGAAGCAGCAAACUUUGUGAAGACCAAUACUUGUGUCAUUCUCAAAACGUUUGACCAUGGCUGUAGAGCGACUUACAGUAGCGAGUGCAUAUAUUUUCAUACAGGUCCCCCGUGGGAAUCGAACCCACAACACCGGCGUUGCAAGCGCCAUGCUCUACCAACUGAGCUACACGGGACAAUAAUGUACAGGUAACUACCAAAAUAAAGGAAAGAUCAACAUAAAAUGUCUUAAUAGGUUGUUGGGCCACCACAAGCCAUGAUUCUACAAGUGUCGAACUCUAUUGGAGGGAUACAACACCGUUCUUCCACAAGAAAUAUUUGGUGUUUGUUGAAGGUGGUGGAAAACGCUGUCUCAGGCGCCGCUCCAGAAUCUCCUAUAAGUGUUCAAUUGGGUUGAGAUCUGGUGACUGAGACGGCCAUGGCAUAUGGUUUACAUCGUUUUCAUGCUCAUCAAACCAUUCAGUGACCACUCGUGCCCUGUGCAUGAGGGCAUUAUCAUCCUAUAGGGGCAUAGCCAUGGUAGCCAAAAUAAUGGCCUGCCCAGCAUUUUUAUACAUGACCCUAAGCAUGAUGGGAUGUUAAUUGCUUAAUUAACUCAGGAACCACACCUGUGUGAAAGCACCUGCUUUCAAUAUACUUUGUAUCCCCCAUUUACUCAAGUGUUUCCUUUAUUUUGGCAUUUACCUGUAGCUGGCCUAUACUUGGUUCUGAUGAGGUGUACUGAAACGUAAACUGCUAAGCUGCUAACUGUAUCUGGAUGUCAUGUAAGCUAGCAAGCAACCUCAACAUAAGGUGACAAGUUCAAAUGGGUUGAUUCUUACUGUUCUCUGCUUUUCUCUUUGAGAACUAUCACUGUUGUAGUCUUGCUACUUGGCAAGGCCUGCUCACUCUAG